AUGAAAUCAUUCAAUUAAAUCCUAUUCUUAAUUUUAAUAGUAGUCCCAACAGUAAUUGCAGUGAAAGGUGUUGAUUUGAGUGCAUCCUUCAAUAAUUUUUCAUGUAUUAGAAAUGCUGGCUAUUAAUUUGCUAUUGUAAGAGGAUAUAUGAGUUAUGGUGCUGCUGAUACUGUAGGUCUCUAAAAUUUAAGAAAUGCUAAAGCAGCUGGAUUAAUUGGUGAUGCUUAUUUUUUCCCUUGCAAAGGAAGUAUAUAUAUAAAUCCUAAAUUUUUAAGAGAAGACUGCUUCAGCUUAAGUUUCUGAAUUUGAUAGUGUAUUUAAUUCAGAAUAUGGUACAGUAUGGAUUGACGUUGAAUACAAUCCCAGUACUGGAUGUGGAUGGAGUACCUCAGAUUAUUCAGGAAAUUGUUAAUUUUUAUAAGACAUUGUGAGAGAAUUAGGAAAUAGAGGAAGAUUAGUUGGAAUAUAUGCAUCUUAAUAUUAAUGGUCAACUAUAAUGGGAUCUGCUUCAGCUUGUGCUUAUUUUACAUCAAAGCCACUUUGGUAUGCUCAUUAUGACAAUAAUCCAUCCUUUAGUGAUUAUUCUAAAUAUGCUUUUGGUGGAUGGUCAACUCCAUCAAUUAAAUAAUAUUUAGGAGACACAACCUUAUGUAGUGUAGGAGUUGAUCUCAAUUUUUAUUGAA